AGCCAUUUUGGCUCAAGUUCCUUUUUGGGGCCUUGGCUCCCCCUGGCCGCGGCCGCGCCGCAGAGCAGAGCAGCCCCGCACCCCCCCUCCCGGGCAGCGCCGCGGCCGCGCCCGGCCGCAGGAGCCCGCCACCUGCGCUCGCCGAGGGGAUGUCGGUGGCCGCGGUGGAGCUCGGGGCGCUGCUGGAGCCGGACCUGGAGUCCCGGACAGACCAGCACGGCCCCGCCGCGCGGGCCCGCUGGGCGCGUCUCGGGCGCCGGGGCGCCGCCGCCUCGCUGGCGGCGACCGCCGCCCUGGCCGUAGCCUGGCUCGCCUCGGCGGCCGCGGAGAGGCGCCCGCCCGCAGCGGAGAUCGGCGCGGAGCUCCAGGGCGUGGUCGGGCUGUCGGCGGACGAGGCAGUUCGUCGCAAGGCGAGGAUGGACCGCCUGCGGAACCUGGGGGCCCACCGGUGGGGGGUCAACAUCCAUUUCACAGGCGACCAUCAGGAUGAGAUUGCCGCGCUGUCGAAGGGCUUCAAGAUGACACGCGUCGACCUGUUCUGGCACAAGGCCGAGAGGGUGAAGGGCCAGUUCGAUUUCGCGCAGUGGGACCAGCUCGUGGAGAGUCUGCAGAGGAACGGCGUGCAGCCUAUGUUCAUCCUCUGCUACGGCAACCCGCUAUACGGCUGCCCAGACCAUCCAAGGACCCCUUUCUGCCAGCACAAGUUCGCCAACUACGCACAACAAGCGAUGACACACUUCAAGGGCAAAGGCAUCAUUUGGGAGCUGUACAACGAACCGAAUGGAUUCUGGGCGCAAUAUGGAAAGCUCAAGGAAGAAGCCAGGGUAGAAUAUACUGCUUUAGCUUCCAACGUCAUGCAUCGUGUCCGAUCUGACCCGCAAAUCCGCGACGAGAUCGUCAUUGGGCCUGCCACCUCAGGUCUCGACAUAGAUUUCAUCAUGGUUUGUGUCCACCAUGGGCUCAUGCAGCUUUUCGACGGCAUCUCCGCGCACCCGUACCGCAGGGCGAUUCCCGAGGACGUGAUGGGCUCUUGGUCGCAGCUGAGGCAGAGGCUCAGUCGCCACCCGGAAACGUCCGGGAUGCCCCUAAUCAGCAGCGAGUGGGGGUGGGCCACCUGCUGGCAGGGCAAGCAGCCCAAGGCGUGCCCCGCGCGCGGUGCCGGCACGGGCGACCUCAUCACGGGAGUCGAGCAGGCGGCGAGGCUGGCGCGCCAGUGGUUGAUCCACGACAGGACGGGCAUCUCGUUCAGCAUCUGGUACGACUGGAAGAACGACGGGGGCAGCGGAAUGAACGCGGAGCACAACUUCGGCGCCACGCAGCACAAUGCUGACUACUCGCGCAGCUGGCACACGUUCGCCAAGCCGGCGUACCUGGCAGCGAUGACGCUGCAGACCUGGCUCGGCAACCUCUCCUACGUGGGGGACGAGUGCAAGAAAAUGGGGAAUCAAGGUGUAUUCUGCCUGAGGUACCGGCGCCACAACGACCCGAGCGGCGAGUACGACAGGUACGCCGUGUGGUCGAUGCAUGGCAAAUCAAUCAAGCAGGUGACAAUUAACCCGCCCCGGUGCAUGCGGUUCAUUGGCAUGACGGGAAACAGUGUACCCAGCAAAGAGUUGCAUUAUUGCCCAGACGGCAAAUCUACAAUCAACAUGCCGGUGACUUCAUACCCGGUGUACCUCAUCCCGGAGGACGAUAUGCCAGAGGAGGACAUCCCCACGACAACAGUCACAGAAACGUUGCCCACGACCACGGUGGUGACCAUGGCGUCGUCCACGGUGGCGCCCCCUGCGGUGCCAGGCACAGCGGCGCCUACGCAGGCGCCCACGGCCGUACCGACUACGGAGGUGCCCACUGCGACGCCGACAGCAAUGCCCACUGCGAUGCCGGCGCCCACGCAGGCGCCGACCCCGACGCCGACUUUGCCGCCCACGGAGACGGCGGUCAUCCGGUUCUUGAAGUCGAGCGCGGCCACCGACUUGCGCGCCGACCGUGUGGCCUGGCUGCAGACCAUGGGCAGUCGCAGGUGGGGCGUGGGCGUGGACGUUGGCACCUUCGAGCCAGGGGAGGAGGCCGAGCUGGCAAACGGGUUCUCCACCGCGCGCCUGAUGGUGUCUUGGGCCGUCGUCGAGGCCGAGAUGGGCUCCUAUGACUUCUCCGUCUACGACGGCGUGGUCAGCCGGCUUCAGAGGGAGGCAGUCACCGUCGUCGCCUCGCUGUGCUGCGGCAACGCCCUGUACGGCUGCGACCGCUACCCUGGCGGCAGCCCCAGGUGCCGGGAGGCGUACGUGGCCUACGCCAGGGCCACCCUGUCGCACUUCCGCGGCCUGAACGUCGUCUGGGAGGUCUUCGAUGAGCCGAACACCGCGUGGGCCUACGGCGAGGGCGUGGACAAGGCCGCAGCACAGUACGCCCUCUUGCUGGAUGCGCUCGGGCAGGCGGUCCGCCUGGACGCCAACAUCUCCACCGAGGUCCUCGUGGGCCCGGCGACGGCUGGGAUCGACACCCAGUUCAUCGCCGCCGUCGGGGAUGGGGACGCCUCGGCAAUCAAGUGGCUGGACGGCCUCUCCGUGAAGCCCGCGCCUGUGCACGCCGACGAUGACGGCAACCUCAUGGCACUCGCGGAGCUGGCGAAGCGGUACGCCCCGAAGGGCCAGGCCCCCCUGGCGAUGCUGAGCACCUCCUCUGGCUGGCCGGCCUGCUCCGACGACCUUGCGCGGUCCCGGGCGUGCCCAAGCCUGGGCUUCGGCGGCGCGGCCGUGGCGGCGGACCCGUCAGGAGCGGUGCCGCUGCAGGAGCAGGCCGCACGAUUGGCGCGGCAGUGGUUGGUGCACGACGCGUGCAACGUGUCCAUCAGCAUCUGGAGCCGGUGGAAAGACGACGGCGUCGACGCGGAGGCGCCCGCAGACAAUUACGGGGUCGUGCUCCGCACCGCGUCGCCCCUGCGGCCGAAGCCCGCCUAUCUCGCGGCGGUGGCCAUGAAGCGGCUGUUCGGCCGCAAGAAGCUGGUGUCGAGCUGCAGCUCGUCCGCGGAUCUGCGCUGCCUGGCCUACGCCUCCGCCGGCGGGGCCGGCCCCCACAGCUACGCCGUGUGGGCCGUGACUGGCAGCCAGCCGCGGGGACUGGCGCUGCGCCUGGGUUCUUGCCUCGCGGUCGUGGACAUGACGUUCGGUCAAGUCGGCCAGGUGUGCCCGGGCGGGGAGCUGGACUUCGUCGCUACGCCGCAGCCCCAGUACCUGGUCCCCUGCGAGGAGUCCCCCUCUGGCAGGUGCGAGGGCGCGGCCACGACGGCGUGAUACUGUCUCCUCCUGCCGCCCUGCUCCCUCCGCCGCCCCCUUCUCAUUUGCCCGACCCCUUCCCUCGUGCGGGAAUUCGCGAAUUCGCCCCCAGGCUGCAUGUUUUUUGGUCGCCGCCUCCGCCCCGCGCGCGCGCGCGGGUCAGGGCGUCUUGCGGACGAUCACGACUCUUUGCAUGCCAAAAAUUUGGCCCCCGCGAGAGGUGCGUGCCUGGGCGCGCCCUCGCGAGCUGGGGGCCCCGCGGAACGGGCCCGGCGGCGCAAGGACGGCAAUCAAGGCGCCGCCGCCCGGACCCUCAGCAUCGUUGAGGUGCCAAUGCGUUGAACCCUCUUCUUUUAACGGUGUCCAGGAGCCCCGCGCCUGGAGCGGAGCCGUGAUUAGCGGCUCCUGCGGCUGGGACGGUGGGGUGGUCGCCUCGUGGGGGAGGAGCGUCUGCAUGUUCCUCUCCGUAGUCGGACGGUCUUCGUUGUACAAUACCAGAGCCCCUCUGUUUCAGGGUGGUGGAGAUGGCUCCCCGAGCGCAUUCGCAGCGCGUGCCUCCCAGCCCUCCUGCCUCAUCGCCUCCUCCGUCCUCCUCAUCCUCCUCCCGUUUCUCCCAUCUCUGCUGUGGCCCGUGCCGAGUUGGCCGUUUUCAAGUGGCCCGCCGGGAUGCCGCCUCCACUGUGCGCACGCGCGGCUGCGCACACAAGUGGAUCAGCGCAGCGCUGGCCCCUCUGGGUUGCGGAGCUGGGGGAGGUGGAUCCUGGUGGGGGGGGGGGCGACGGAGGAAGCGGGCAGGCCCUCUGCGCAAGGCCAGCGCAGCGCUUCCCUUAAUUCUGUGGCUGGGAGAUGUUCCAGGCCUCACAGGCUGUUCUGUUCGUCACAAUC